UGUGCGGACAGGAAGUGGAACGCGCUGUAUCAAGAUGGUGGCCACCAGAAGAGGAGUACGCGUGGUGGAAUCACCAACUAAAACAAACCAGGAAGAUUCGUCCAGUGCAUCGGACACGGCAACAUCCACGAGAGGGACUCGGAGAGUGACCGUUCAACAUGAGGCUCAACCCCUCUUAGAGAGUGAAAGUGAUGCCCAGAAGGCUGGAGGUGAGGUGACCAAUACUGCCACCACACAAGAAGAAAACCCCACAGAGGAAGCCCCUGCACGUGUGGAAAACCAGCCUGAUGACAUCCACGAUGCUGACGUGUCCGAUUCCGAGUCGUGCUGCUCUGUGGUCUCCAACUCUCAAGCACCAAGUACCAGGUCGACCAGGAAGAGAAGUGGACCGUCAAAAACCCCCGCGAGCGGCACAGAAGGAGUGUCUGAAGUGGAGUCCUGCGUGUCCGCCACUCCCCGCAGAUCCACGCGGACCCAGAAGAAGAAGGUUCCUUUUGGCUGUGACGGAGUGGAGCACUCUGAAGCGGAGUCCUGCAGCUCGGUGACCUCUCUGAGAAAACGCGGAGACGCCCGCGCACUGACCAGAAGCCCGAGGAAAAUCGCUGCCACCCCUCAGUCAGCCUCCCACACCGAAGACACGGAACACUCGGAGCACGACUGCUACGAUCUCCGCAAGUCCACGCUUCGUAAAAACACCAGGGCCCGAAGGGCAAAGCCUGUCGAGCCCGUGCCCAUUGACCUGGAGGAUAGCGGAGACGUGUCGUCCUCGUCCGUGUCCAGGAGAACACCGGCGCGCCGGGCGAAAGCCGCCUCCUCCUCCGCCGCCGCCUCCAGCGAAGCCCGCUCCCAGCAAGUCUCCGAGGACAACGAUUCCGGGCCGAGCGCGAAGAGAGCCACGCGCAGUCGAGCCAAAGACGCGGCGGUCAGGGGUGCGUCGGACUCCGAGUCGGACUUGACCGGGUACAGCUCGCUGGGAAGCCCCUGCUCCGUGCUGGGCAGAGGGACGCCCUGCAGCAGCCGCACGGGCUCGGCCAGCAGUAACCGCGCUGUGUCCGUGUCCGUGUCCAGGGUGACCAGGUCUCUCCGCAGCGACGCUGGCCACGGGGCUUCUCCCUCUCCGCUGCCGGCCACUGAGGGCCACGCGCCGCACCAGACGGACGCUCCUCUCUCGGACGCCAUGGAAACGGCGGAAGAGAUGGAGGUGGACGGCCAUGAGGCGACCGUCGUAGUGACCGGUGCGGAGGGAGAAGCUUCUCUGCUGGCAGAGGAGGGUGAGGAAGACAAAACUCUCGUGACAAUGGAGGAGGAGGAGGAGGAGGAGGAGGACGUUGUCGCCAGGGGAGUCACUGUGGUUGACCCUGCAGUGCUUGAUGCCACAGAGGACGCUCACACACUUACGCCGUCAGUGGUCGUAACAGAGUCGCCUUGUCCAGACGCUGAGAUCGCAGAGGAGACGAGACCCUCUGCAGAGGAACAUUCCGAAAAAACAGCCUUGAAAGGCAGUGUGACUGUGUCUGAAGAAGCGGAAUCUAGUGUUGGCAGCGUAACCAUAGUGACCCCACACGUAGAUGGUGCAACUGUAACUGUGUCUGAAGUGGCUGAAGCAGACUCCACUGAGGAAGUUGGUGAAGGUGACAAACUCUUGACUGCUACAGAUGAACAGCUCUGUUGUGAGCAGACUGUCAAAGUUACUGCAUCUGAUUCCACAGCCGAGCCGGAGACCAUCACAGUCAAAGUAACAGAGGAAAUCGCAGAAGAAGAAGAAACUGCCACAGAGCUUGAUGUCCCUUGUGAGCAAACGGUGAAAGUUACUGCAUCUGAUUCCACAGCCGAGCCGGAGACUAUCACAGUCAAAGUAACAGAGGAAAUCACAGAAGAAGAAGAAACUGCCACAGAGCUUGAUGUCCCUUGUGAGCAAACGGUGAAAGUUACUGAAUGCGAUGCUUCCGAGUCGAAAGAGGAGAGUAUGGAUGAUGCGUCAGCACAACCUGACUCGCAUUCUCAAGGAGCGGAGGAAGACGACAAUGAACCCACUGGGCCAGACACCAGCAGUCUGAAGUCUGUGAAAGUAACUGAAGUGGAGUCCGGUCAAGAUGAAGAGGAUCAGCCAAUGGAGGUAGAUGAUGCCAGUGAUCAGGCAAACACCAGUGAAAGUGUUGCGGCAGUUCAGGUGUCGGCGGCCCAAGAUGGCGGCGAUCAGCCAUCAGGAAGUGGGACGUCUCAGAGGCCUGCCGCCGUAAGCUUGCUUGACAGCAGUGAUGAGGAGGACGAUGGGGACGGCAGCGACGUGUGCAGUCUCAAUGAGGAGCCCGCACGUGAGGCUUCUGAAAGUGAGGAAGACGAAGACGAAGACCGUGCCACGGAGGAGACCCUCACGGUCACGGUGAAGCCCAGAGCCAAUGUUCAGACCUUCCCUAGUGACGGACUAUUUGUCAUCGACACCCAGCCUGGGCUUCAGUCCUCUGAGGCGCUCUACACUGUGGCGAGACCAAGUGCGGAGGAGCAGGGCGAAGGCGGAACGGCGGAAGAGGCCCGGGGCAACGAUGAAGUCGACGAAGAGUUUGUCGAUGAGGAGGAUGAGGAGGACGACGAAGAUGCCAAAAUCCUGUUCUCAAGCAAGAACCCUGCAUCGAAAGAGUUAUCCUGCGUUAUCGAUCCAGGCCUGAGAGUGAAGGAGCUCGGGGGGUUAUACAUCAAUUUCGAUGGCAGCAAAUCAAAGAAAGUCUCCAGCAGCCUAAAAACACUGAAAGACCAGCACCUAGAUGAGCUGAUGAAGAAGAGUGUUGUUGGUCCCGGUUUUGAGAAGAAAGACUCCAUACCGCCGUAUAAAGAAUCUCUUAAUGCUGCAAAGCUGAAACGGAAGGUGGAGCGUGAGAAGACCACUGGUGAUGGCUGGUACAACAUGAAGGCCCCAGAAAUGACUGAUGAACUGAAGAAUGACCUGAAGGCUAUCCAGAUGCGUUCCGCCAUGGACCCAAAGCGCUUCUACAAGAAGAAUGAUCGAGAGGGCUUUGCCAAAUACGUGCAGGUUGGCACCGUAGUGGACAGUCCCCUGGACUUCUAUCAUUCCCGCGUUCCCAACAAGGAGAGGAAGAGGACCAUUGUGGAAGAGCUCCUGGCAGAUGCUGAGUUCAGAAGCUACAACAAGAAGAAAUACCAGGAGAUCAUGUCUGAAAAGGCUGCUCUACUGGCCGGCAAGAAACACAGGAAAAAGAAGUUCAAGUCAAAGUAGGGAAUGAAAAGAGGGACAUUAAAUGAACAUUUGUGUGGUCAUAUCAGAAUGUCGUUUCAUUUCUUUUGUUUUUUAAAUCAGAAAUCGAGACGUAAAUACAUGGAGACCACACGUCUUAAGUAGAUUUGUAUUUAAACACAAAAUUAAAUUGUAAAUACUUUAGUUUUCAAGCAUCACGAGUAUUGCAGUGAUUUUUAGUCAAUGCUGUUCUAUCAGGCUGUGCAAAAGAAACACACAUGAUCCAGUGAGAAAACACUUGUUAUACAAUAAGCCUAAUAUUCCCUUUUCAGUCACAAUAAAUGCAGUACUAUAACAUC